CUGAAAUAUGUCUUUAAACUACUAACAUUAUUAGUUAAAAAAGUACAAGAAUAUGAGAAGCAAGCUGUUUUUAGAACGCAUCUUAUAUUUUACUAUGGACUGACUUUAUAUCUUGGUACGCAAACUUUGUGCCAAGUAUCUAAAGGUAGUGUAGUUCACCACACUACAGAAACGCUUUUGAAGUUCUCUUUAAAAAUGUGCAGUUGUUAAUCGAAGUAUACGUUUUUACUCAUAAAAAUCAAUAUAUUUUUUACGACCCUCGGAGCUGUAAUGUGUUGUAAAUUGAUUUAAUGGGCAAUGACCACAUUGAAGCUCGAGAGUGCGUUAUAAACUGACUUCGAUAGAAAUCGGACCCAUUUACGCAAGCUGACUGUACAAACGCCAUGCAUUUAAGACAACUCCUUACCGAAAUGGUUAUCAUCUUGACCAUAUUGACCCUUCCUGAAUAUUCCAUUCACGGCUCAGCAGAGAAAAAAAUUAGCCAAUAUCCUUGGAUGCCGAAGACGUCAACGCAUAUUACACCUUAUAAGAUAUCUGGGGAUAUAUGAAAGAUUAAAUGUGUUAUUAUGAAUGAAUAAAUUUGAAAGAGUUUUUCUGCCCAUUGA